UUUCUUUUCAAUAUUGUACAUUACAUUAUUUGGUAUUAUGUAAGACUACAAUUACAAAUCAUUCAGAGUGCAAUCCAAUAAAAGUUAAUAAUAUUAUUGUAAGAAACAGUAGAAAACUAUGUAAUAAUGAUAUGAUCCAAGUUGUAACCAAAAAAUUCCAGUACAAAAAGAGUGUUAUCAAAAAUGAGGAUACUAAAACACAUAAAAAGUCACUAACUCUUUUCAAGAAAAGUACAAAGAAAUCUCCUACAUUAAAGACUAAGGCAGUGACUCCAAGAUUUCAAGCAAUCAGUUCCAAAAUUGCCUUACCUUUUAGGGCAAAACGACGUCUUUCAUUAAAUACACCGGCUUACACAAGUACUACACAUGUUACUAUUUCAAAAAUGGGAUCCAAGACGCCAAAAGUUUCUGUAAUACCACAGCCAAAGACUACUCCUUGGAAAGAAACCUUCAGAAAAUCAAGUGUAAAGGAAGUUCCGAGUAAAAAAUCCAUUGGAAUUAAAUUAUCGUCAUUAUCAGAAGGAAAGAAAUCUCUAACUCGAAGGAGUCGGAAUAAAUUAGCUUCUGAUGAAUCAGAAAGAUUACGAAUGUCUUCAUGUACUUCUUAUUCUCCAUUGAACACAUCCCUUUCAAGAGAAAUCAGUAGUGAAGAUGACAAUAUUUUCCCAAGCGAUGUAACUGAUAAAUCAAAUAUUUCAUAUAAAAAUGAUGUUCCUAAGGAGAAAACCCCAAUUCAAAGAAGAAGCAUUAAGAGUAAAUCAGAAACAAAAGUUUUACAGACGAAAACCAGAAAAAGUUUAACCUAUUCUACAAGUAAACAUUCUUCCACGACGAAAAAAAUUUCUUCAUCUGCUAAAACAAUGAAAGAUUUGUCGGCCAUACAAAAUGCUUCGCCUAUAAAAGUACUAUCUGCUAGAAAAAGUUUGAACAUUAACACCAAUGUUGCAAGUCCCAGGGCAAGAAAAUCUUUAAAAUUUAAUAAGUCAGGAAAAGGUACAUUUGAAUUUUCUGGCCUGGAAGAAGAAAUAUUUGCCAGAUCUCAAUUGUCAGUACAAUUAGACUCAACAGAUACUGAUGACAGUAUUUCUGAUGUAAAAAAUGUAUCAGCAAGAAAAAGUAGUAAGAAUCGUUCAAGAAAAUCAUUGAAUAUUAGCCAACCUGAAAGUGAGAUUACUGAUAUUUCCGCUAUCGAAAAAUAUCCAUCUUCUUCGAGAAUUUCUUCCGCAAUAAAAAGUCUUCGCACUCCAGUUGCCAGAAAUUCAAUUAAAAGCAAUAAAUCAUCUACAGAUUGUAGUAUGUCACCUUUGAUGGUGUCUUCCCCCACAAAAAGUGUUCAGAUAAAUCAAUCUAAGAUUGACGAUUUCAACAAUUCAGAUGUUGAAAUUAAUUUUUCUCCUACAAGAGUUUCUUCUACAAGGAAAAGUGCAGUUGUUUCUGAUGCAGGGAAAGCUGCCGCAAUGGAUCAGUCUUCUAUAAGUAAUUCAUUACGAAGAAAAAGUUUUGGACGAUCUAUUAACGUUAAUCAAUCAGGUGAUGAAUCUCUGGAAAACGCCGAACUUGAAGAAAGUGGAUCCCUUGAAAUUUCUUCAAUUUCUAGAAAAUCCACUAAAAGUAAUAAAUCUAUGAAAGAGGUCGCCAAAAGAUCUGGAGAUGUUAGUAAUUCUUUGAACACAUCUUCCAUUCAUUCUGAAAUUGAAGAUUUAUCUCCAGCAAAAGCUUCCAUAAAUAAGAGUCUUCAGAGCAAUGUUUCAAGAUCUGCAAAAAUGAACGUGUCACAAGUUCAUCUAGAUGUGUCUUCUCCAAGGGUACCUUCGAGGAAAAGUAUGAAAACCCCCCAAUCUACGAAAGACACCAGCAAUCUUAAUAUUUCUAAAGUUUCAUCUGUAGGAAGUGUGAAAAUAAGUCCUAGAAAAUCAAUUAGAGAUAUUAAAACACCUAAAUCUGCACAAACCAGUAAAUCAAUAAAAAAAGAGCUUGAUACUUCUGAAAUUAAUAAUGUAUUCUCUAGAAUUUCACCAAGGAAAAGUUUAAAAUCUCAUAUCUCUAGACAGUCCACAAAGAUCAGUCAGGAAGAAAAUAGAUCUUUCGAGAAUUCCGAAAUUGGAGAAAAUUUUAUAAAAACAACUCUUUUUUCUCCACGGAAAAGUAUUAAAUCCCUUAAAGUUGUCAGAAACAGCCAAUCAACUGAUGAUGAUCUAGUUAAUUCUGAGAUUGAAAAUGCAUCUCCUUCAAGAGUGUCUUCACAACGAAAAGCUGCUGCUCAAUACUCAACGAAAAUCGAUCAGUCUUUAGUGGAUAAUUUUAUUACAAGUUCAGAAAUUGAUGAAAAUGUGUCUCCUGUAAGAGCUGUCCCCUCAAGGAAAAGUCUGAAAACGCCUAAUUCCGUACACGCCAAUCAAUCUCUAAAUAAAAAUCUUAAUUCGAGCAAUAAAAAUGUGUCCCAUACUAGAGUUUCAUCCGCAACAAAAAAGCCAGAAACAUCUCGAAAUGUAUCUGUUAGCAGUUCUGAAGUUGAAGACAAUUUAUCUCCUGUUCCUUCAGCGAGAAAAAGUUUGAAAUCGAGAUCUCUAAAUCGGGAUAAAUCUCUUGGUAGUUCCGACGUCGAGGAACAUAGUUCUCCCACAAGAAACUCUUUCAGAAAGAGUACCAAAACUCCUAGUUCCACCAAAGCCAACCAGUCAACGCAGGAACCUUUUACUAGUUCUGAAAAUACCAGUAUUUCUUCUACAAGAGCUUCACUUAAAGAGAAACAUUCUAUUUCUGGGUCUCGAAGAUCUGAAAAAUCAGGAUUGGCUAUAAAUGUAUCUCUUAACAGUUCUAUAGUUGAAGACAAUUUGUCUCCUGUUCCUUCCGCGAGAAAAAGUUUGAAAUCGAGAUCUCUAAAUCGGGAUAAAUCUCUUGGUAGUUCUGACGUCGAGGAACAUAGUUCUUCCGCAAGAAACUCUAUCAGAAAGAGUACCAAAACUCCUAGUUCCACCAAAGCCAACCAGUCAACACAAGAAUCUUUUACUAGUUCUGAAAAUACCAGUAUUUCUUCUACAAGAGCUUCACUUAAAGAAAAACAUUCUAUUUCUGAGUCUCGAAGAUCUGGAAUCACAGAUCAGCUUCUACAUAUAUCUCUUAGUAAUUCUGAAUUUGAAGAUAAUUUUUCUCCUGUAAGACCUUCUGCGAGAAAAAGUUUAAAAUCGAGAUCUCUAAAUCGGGAUAAAUCUCUUGGUAGUUCUGACUUCGAGGAACAUAGUUCUCCCGCAAGAAACUCUCUCAGAAAGAGUACCAACACUCCUAGUUCUACCAAAGCCAACCAGUCAGCAAAGGAAAAUCUUGACAGUUCUGAAAAUACCAGUAUUUCUUCUACCAGAGUUUCACUUAAAGAGAAACAAUAUAUUGAUGGGUCUCGAAGAUCUGGAAAAACAGGAUUGGCUAUAAAUGUAUCUCUUAGCAGUUCUGAAGUUGAAGACAAUUUGUCUCCAGUUCCUUCCGCGAGAAAAAGUUUGAAAUCGAGAUCUCUAAAUCGGGAUAAAUCUCUUGGUAGUUCUGACGUCGAGGAACAUAGUUCUCCCGCAAGAAACUCUCUCAGAAAGAGUACCAAAACUCCUAGUUCCACCAAAGCCAACCAGUCAACACAGGAACCUUUUACUAGUUCUGAAAAUACCAGUAUUUCUUCUACAAGAGCUUCACUUAAAGAGAAACAUUCUAUUUCUGAGUCUCGAAGAUCUGGAAACACAGAUCAGCUUCUACAUAUAUCUCUUAGUAAUUCUGAAUUUGAAGAUAAUUUUUCUCCUGUAAGACCUUCCGCGAGAAAAAGUUUAAAAUCGAGAUCUCUAAAUCGGGAUAAAUCUCUUGGUAGUUCUGAUUUCGAGGAACAUAGUUCUCCCCCAAGAAACUCUCUCAGAAAGAGUACCAACACUCCUAGUUCCACCAAAGCCAACCAGUCAGCAAAGGAAAAUCUUGACAGUUCCGAAAAUACCAGUAUUUCUUCUACAAGAGUUUCACUUAAAGAGAAACGAUAUAUUGAUGGGUCUCGAAGAUCUGGAAAAUCAGGAUUGGCUAUAAAUGUAUCUCUUAGCAGUUCUGAAGUUGAAGACAAUUUGUCUCCAGUUCCUUCCGCGAGAAAAAGUUUGAAAUCGAGAUCUCUAAAUCGGGAUAAAUCUCUUGGUACUUCUGACGUCGAGGAACAUAGUUCUCCCGCAAGAAACUCUCUCAGAAAGAGUACCAAAACUCCUAGUUCCACCAAAGCCAACCAGUCAACACAGGAACCUUUUACUAGUUCUGAAAAUACCAGUAUUUCUUCUACAAGAGCUUCACUUAAAGAGAAACAUUCUAUUUCUGGGACUCGAAGAUCUGGAAAAACAGAUCAGCUUCUAGAUAUAUCUCUUAGUAAUUCUGAACUUGAAGAUAAUUUUUCUCCUGUAAGACCUUCUUCCGCUAGAAAAAGUUUAAAAUCAAGGUCUCUAAAUCGGGAUAAAUCUCUUGGUAUUUCUGACGCCGAGGAAUAUAGUUCUCCCGCAAGAAACUCUCUCAGAAAGAGUACCAAAACUCCUAGUUCGACCAAAGCUAACCAGUCAGCACAGGAGCCUCUUAACAAUUCAGAAAAUACCAGUAUUUCUUCCGUAGGAGCUUCACAUAAAGAUAAACAUUCUAUUAGUAUGUCUCGAAGAUCCGGAAAAACAGAUCAGCUUCUAAAUGUAUCUCUUAGCAGUUCUGAGUUUGAUGACAAUUUGUCUCCUGUAAGAUCUUCCGGGAGGAAAAGUUUAAAAUCGAGGUCUCUUAAUCGCGAUAAAUCUCUUGGUAUUUCUGACGUCGAGGAAUAUAGUUCUCCCGCAAGAAACGCUCUCAGAAAGAGUAUUAAAACUCCUAGUUCCACCAAAGCUAACCAGUCAACACAGGAACCUCAUAAUAGUUCUGAAAAUAUCAGUAUUUCUUCUACAAGAGCUUCACGUACAGAGAAACAUUCUAGUUCUGGGUAUCGAAGAUCUAAAAAAACAGGAGAGGCUCUAAAUGUGUCUCUUAGCAAUUCUGAGGUUGAAGACAAUUUCUCUCCUACAGGACAUUCUUCCGCGAUAAAAAGUUUAAAAUGGAGAUCUCUAAAUCGGGAUAAAUCUCUUGGUAUUUCUGAUGUCGAGGAAUAUAGUUCUCCCGCAAGAAACUCUCUCAGAAAGAGUACCAAAACUCCUAGUUCCACCAAAGCCAACCAGACAACACAGGAACUUAUUAACAUUUCUGAAAAUACCAGUAUGUCUUCUACAAGAGCUUCACUUACAGAGAAACAUUCUAUUUCUGGCUAUCGAAGAUCUGGAAAAACAGGAGAGGGUCUAAAUGUAUCUCUUAGUAGUUCUGAAAUUGACGACAAUGUGUCUCCUGUACGACCUUCCUCAAGAAAGAGUAUCCAAACCCCAGGCUCCGUUGAACGUAAAUCGGGAAUAAAAAUGGGAUCUGAUAAAGCAAAUUCAUCAAAGUCAGCAAAAAGAAGUAAAUCUAUGAAUCAAUCCGUGGAUUCUCUUGAUAGGUUAAUUUACUCAAGUCCUACUAAGAUGUCCACGUCUUUGAACUUAAGUAAAUCGGCAAUGACAGAUUUAGAAUCAGAAGAAUUAAAGAAUCCAAGAGUUUCCUCGACACGGAAAAGUGCAUCUAAAAGUCGAAGAUCUGUAAAGAGUUUCCUUCCUGACACAGAUCUUGGUACAAGUUUUGACUCACUUGAUAUGUCGAAUGUAGAAUAUAACCAAAGUUCAGUUGAAGCAUAUUCUGUAUCUCCUUUAAAAUCCAUACGAAAACCAAUAUCUCCAAAAUCAUCGGUAAAGUUAGACCACAUUUAUUCAAGACGAACUGAUUCGAUAAGCAAUAUUAAUAGUUCAAUAGAAGACAUUGAUUCAAAUAUCAGUUCACUAUCUACUAUACUUAAUAACAAUCAAGCUCGAAGGUCAUCAAGAACUAGAAAAUCAACCGCGGAAAAUGAUUUUGACUACAGUUCAAGUUCAAGAAAAUACAGAGAUAGCGAUACAGGUUCCGGUAAUUAUUCUCUUUCCUCUACAAUUCCUUUGCAAACUGAUGUAUCAGUAAUAUCAAUAACAACAAGCCGUAGAUCUUCUAAUAUUGCAGACGAAAGUACUUUGGAAAAUGUUACAAAUUCUUUAGAUACCAGCGUAUCGUCUAGACGAGUCAGAUCAACUAACUUUAGCGUUGUUGACUUAACAACUCCUACUAGUCCCAAACGAAGCAGAAAAAGUUCAGUACAAUACCAACCCAUAACAGAAGAUAUAACACCGGUAACUCCAUUGGCUAAUACAAAAGAUGAAGCUGGUUUCAAAACUCCCCAGAACACUCCACAUGUAUUUGAAAAUAUCAGAAAAUCUGUUUUGAAAUCCAGAAGUAGACAUAGACUUUCCGCUGGAAAUGAUUCUAUCAGAAAAAAUGUGUUGAACGCGGGAGAGGCUCUUAAAAGACCUAGAGAAUCCACUGGUAGUGUCAGAUCUAAUAAACGUAUGAAAUUAACCACAAGUGAAGAUAGCAGUUAUAUUGAUUCUUUAUCUUCAUCUUUUGACUCUGAAGUAUUUGAAGCAGAUACUCCAAAACUCACAAAAAAUAUCUCAGUACAUCAACCUAACUUCUCAUCAAGAUUUUCUGCUGAGCCUUCAAGAAAAAAAUCUGCAAUUGUCAGGAGAUCUUUGCAGGUCGUUACUAACGUUGAAAAUAGUAAACCAGUUUCAACACCUCCAGUAUCUAAGAAAAUUAAUCAAAAAGGACCCAAAAACGACCUUAGCGACGUUGAGGGUGUAAAAAAACUCAUGAAAACACCAAAAACACAUAAAGAACCUGCAAAUGAUUUAUCCAACGUUUCAGGUGUGAAAAAUCUUCUGAAAACACCUAAAGUUCACAAGGAGCCUAAGAAUGAUUUGACUAAUGUUGCAGGUGUUAAGAAACUUCUAAACACUCCUAAAGUGCAGAAAGAACCUAAAAAUGAUUUGACUAAUGUUGCAGGUGUUAAGAAACUACUAAAUACUCCGAAAGCACAGAAAGAACCUAAAAAUGAUUUGAGCAAUAUUGCUGGCGUUAAAAAACUCUUGAAAACACCUAAACCCCAAAAAGAACCCAACAAUGACCUGAGCAACGUUUCAGGCGUUAAGAAACUUUUAAAAACACCCAAAGUACAAAAAGAACCUGAAAAUAAUUUGAUAAAUAUUCCUAGUUUCAAAAAGUUAUUCUCAACACCUAAAGAGGCAAAAUCGCCCAAAAACGAUUUGACAUCGGUUCCCAAUUUAAGAAGAAUAAUGUCACCGAAACAACAAAACACGCCGAAAAAUGAUUUGACAGAUAUUAGAGGUGUGAAGAAGUUGAUGAAGACCCCUAAAGAAACAAAAGAACCCUUAAAUGACUUGACUGAUGUUCGUGGAUUGAAAAAAUUAAUGAGGACACCAAGAACUCAAAAAGGACCUCUAAAUGAUCUUAGCGAUUUGGAAGGAGUAGCAAAUAUUUUCAGUACUUCGGUACAUCAUAGAUUGAGUAACACCAGUGAUAUUGAAAAUAAUGAAGAUCUUUUCAAUAAACUCUUUGAUAGAAAACCUCUGAAGACCUAUAGGUCCAAAAGUACAUCUCCUAAUAAGAACCUAGAUGCUUUUGGUGCUGUUAGGAAAACGAUUGGAGAUGAACCUGUAGUUAGUCCCAGAGUUGUUGAUUGGAUUGAUGAACAAAAGGUCUUGAAGGAGAUGCAAACUGAAGUUUCUAAACCUCAAUCAGUUCAAAAAGGAAGGAAGAAAACCAGAGUAGAGGAAUUAAAAGACGAAGUGGUACCUAAAAAGAUUAAAAGAAGUCCUAAAAACCAAAAUUCUGAGGAUGUUCAAGUCCCUACAAUAUCUUCAACCAGGAGAAAAGUUGUCCAAUCAUUAGAAUAUGAAACUGAGAAGGACGAAGCAUCUGAAGAAAAACUGGAUACUGACAUUUCCAAAGAAGUAAAAACCACAAGGAGAAAUAGGCAACGUAAUGAAGAUAAAAUGAUUGAACCACAAAAGACUGAAGUAAUAGAAUCUCCUCAGAGCAAAACUAGAGGAAGAAAAGGAAAGCAAAGAGUAGUGGAAGUAGAUAAAAAUGAAAAAUCUGAAGCAGAUUCUUUAGAAGAAAAAGGUAAAAUAGAAGUCGAGUCUCCGAAACCUAGAAGAGGAAGAAGAAAUGUCACCAAAGUUGAUGAUGAACCAGCUAUAGAAUCUCCUCAAACUUCAACUAGAAAUAGAAGAAAAGUAGCUGAAAAGGUUGAUGUACAUGACGAAAAACCAGCUAAACGAACAAGGAAUGCCAAAAAAGAUGAACCUAAAACAAUUUCCUUAGAUUCACCAUUAAAGACUGUUUCCACAGAUAAACCAGAUAAACAAAAAUCCACAGAAUCGCCUAAAAUUACCACUAAAGGACGACGAAAUGCUACAACAAAAAAUAAUGAACAUGAAGAGGAAGAACAUAAAACACACGUAGAUUCACCUAAAGUCACUGCUAAAGGAAGAAAAAAUAAAAAAGUUGAAAGUAUUGCAACAGAUUCCCCACAAGGAAAGUCUGGAAGAAACAAAUCCAAUGAAGAUCAAGAAAAACCGGUUGAUUCUCCUAAGGUUGUGUCCAGAGGAAGGAGAAAUGCUAAAGUCGUCGAAAAUGACGUUGCCUCUGAUGCUGCACAGGGAAAAACUGGAAGAAACAAAUCUAAAGAAGUUGUGGAAGAAACUGUCGAUUCGCCCAAGGCUACAACUAGGGGAAGGAGAAAGGUUACCAAGAAAGUUGAUGACGAUUUAAUUACUACAGAUUCUCAACAAAUAAAAUCUGGAAAUAGUAGGUCCAAAAAAGAAGAACCUGUUGUAGAGACUGUUGAUUCACCGAAAGUCACUGCGAGGGGAAGAAGAGCUCCUAAAAAGAUUGACAGUGAUGUAAGUUCUGUUGAAUCUCCUAAACCCAAAACAAAACGAAAUAAACGAGUUGAAACCACAGAAUCGAAGGAAGAACUAUCUAAAGAUAUAGAUUCUCCAAAAAUCGAAACUAAGAAGAAAACGGCCAAAACUACAAUAGCCGAAGAAAAACUAGUACAAGAUUCACCCAAAAAGACUACAAGAGGAAGGCCACGUGCUGGAGUAGCAAUUAAAAAUAUUCAGGAAGAAUUACCAACAAGUAACAAAGACGAAAAUGCUGAUUCUCCUCUUAAAACUGAACCAACCACAAAAGGUAAAAGAGGAAGAGGGAAAAAACAAGACGAAGUUAAAAAGGUAGAUACACACGAAAUAGAUACGCGGGAAACAGAACUACCUACUCCAUCAACCAAAAACAAGAAAGAUGCAGAUGCUGUAAAGCCCACAAGAGGUAAGCGGAAGCAAAAGGAGACAGAAGAUGUAAAUGAGGCUAUUGUUACAGUUGCUAAAAGGUCUAAGAAAGAUAAACCUGCAGAAGUUGUUGCAGAUAAUGAAGAAAAAGAAAGUAGCACAGCGGCUAAAAGAACAAGAAGAGGCAAGCAUGUAGAAAUCUCUUCUGAAGCUGAACAGGAGAGUGAACCUGAAAUUAAAUCCAAAAGAAACAAAAAUGCUACAGAUGCAGAUAAGAAACAAUCUUCGAAACGGAAAGAUGAAGAAAUAGGGACAAAAAAAUCAAAGAGGGGCAAAGUUGAAGAAGCAGUAGUAGAAGUACCUGAUACUUCUAGUAGAAGUACGAGGGCUAGAGGUAAAAAAGUACAGUUCGCUGAGUAAGUUUAAACAGUGUUAUUUAGUACAACGAAGUUUAAAUCAAUUUUUAUAUUUGAUAUGUAUAUUGUUUUAAAUCGUACGAUACUAUUUAUAUUUAUAUAUUUUUAAUUAUAAAAUUAUAAGGUAGAGAGUGCUUUUUAUUGUAUUAAAUAUACUAAGUGAUAUAGAGAUCUGAACGCACAGGAAUAUAAUAGAAUUUCUUGUUAAAAGUUAUAUACAUUUUACCACUGUAAGGAAAAGAUCAAAAAUAUUUGUGAUCACAAAAAUUAUUUUAAACAUAUAUUUUCUGUUGUGAGCACAAACAGCAGGUAUUUUAGUAAGGCAUUCAAAAAAAAUUACAAAUUUUUCAGCACAAACAUAGCAGAUUUUAGUUGCACACAAAAUUAUUACACUCCAUUUGUAUUGUAUCAUACCAUUCUUCUUACUUUCGCAGUUCUAGCUUUACUUUCCUUGAAGGGUUUUUGUUUCAAGAUUUAAAAAAAAACUAUUUUUUUUUGCUAUCAGUAUACUUAAUUUUGCUAUUAGUGUAAUUGACACACAAAAACACAGUAAAACACGUGGAUGCAAAUUUUGCAAGCUUAGUUAUAUCCUUCACAUCGGGUAGUCACUGGUAAUAUCACGAGAACAUGUCCUUACGAGUCGGUGAAUCUAACCCUGUUUCAUCCUUCCAAAAAACAAUGUUAUAUUGUAAAUUAUAUUGACUUUAAUCACUACUUGACACCUUAUUCAGUAUCUCGCCAUAUACUCGGAUUUGUUAGUAUUCAAAGGUAUAGCACAAGAUUUGGUUCUAUAAUUUUUUGGACGUAAAAAUGUAGUGAACAUGUCUUUCUACAAAACACAUGAAGUUCUUCCUUGACCUCGUCGCCUUCGAAUAUUAUGUCGGCCAUAAUACAACUGUAAACAAGAUUUAGAAUAUUGAAUUAUAUACAUUUUAUACUAUUCAAUUCCACUCCUGUUCCACAAUAGUUGUUCUCUGCACCAUUCAAGCCGAUGCUCUGUUGAAGGUGAUACCCAGUGCAGUUGGUAAGAAAAAUGACCAAAACUACUAAUUCGACGGUAGACUUCGCAUUUCAACUUUCCUCCCAUGUUAUGUAAAACCACUAAUUUGCUCGAUCUGGUGGUGUAGAAGCGAUCUCCAGAUUGCUUCUGCAAGCUCGUCGUAUGCCACUAGCUGGUUGAGAAUUUUGGAUACCAUGUCUGCUAACAUUUUGCCGCAUUAUUUAGACUUCUAUGCACUCUUUCAGCAAUUGCUCAAACAAAAAAUCAAACUUCCUGUAACUCAACAAUUCGUCCUCCUUCAAUCCGAUAGUGAUAAUUUGCUUUUCUUUGCACCAAAUCAUCUUAAAUACUUUUAAACAAUGUUUACAAACUCUGUUAAAUAUGACUGCUUACUGUUGGCUGCUACUAUGACUGUUGGUCAAAUACAAAUCUACAUAAAAUCGUAUAAUAAACGGAAAAUUAAACUAAUAAAGUUAAUACUUACAGAUCAUUUACUUACAGUGUCUAAAUAUUUAACCACAAUUUUAACAAAAGAAACCAUCUACUGAUUUUUCGGAUGUCUUUGUGAUUUAGUAUAAUUUAUAAAUUUUUUAAAUGUCAAAGUAUUCUCAAACCGAUAACAAAUGUGAGAAUAUUUAUUUGAAGUGAACUGCCGAGGAAAAAGCAUUCAAAGUUUUUUUAAAAUCUGGAUAACCCCAAAAAGAUUUGACGUCACCUAAUUGACAUUAUUUCUGAUGUACUGAACAUGAGACAAAACGUAUCCUAUAGAUGACUAGUUUUAUAACCCAGAAGUACCUGGAAAUAUUUUAAAUAUUAAAAGACAAUCGCAGUGUCUUCCUUUGCGAGCUAUCUUUGCUGGUACUAUUAGAUUAAUAUAUAAUAUAUGCUUUAUUUUAGUGUGCAAGCAAUUUUAGAUUUUAUUUUAUUAGAUACAAUGCGCGAAAUAUGCAGUGGCAUACAUACGUAAUUUAUAAUCAGUUUAAUGAUUUUUUCCACAAACUUACAUUGCAUUUCAUUAAUAAAUUGUUCAAAACAGUAUUUUAGUUCUAUCUCAGCAGAUAAAGGUAAUAAAGUCCACUAAAAUUUUGUCAUCAUCAUCAUCAUACUGGCUUUACAACCCAGUGUGGGUCCUAGCUUUUUCAAGGAUUUCUCUCCAGUCAUCCCUAUCCAUCGCCUUCCUAUGACAAGCAUGUAUUCCCAUAUUUCUCAUAUCUUCAUUGUGUUCUCUUACUUUCAAGUCAUGCCAUCAGUAUUCAGGGCUGAACAAGCUUCUUUGUGAUUUCGUCACUUUUGGUAACAUAUUUUUUUAGUUUGUAUUAGUGUAACGAUUUCUCAUUUUCCUUCAGUGUUUGAAAGCCUGGACUAUGGAUUGUUAUCCAUUAACUACCACUCUUUUGUGUUCUCUAUAUCACAUUCAGAACAUCCGAGAAUUUCUUUAUACCGUUGUCAAAUUUCAACAUCUGCUAUUAUUAUCAACUUUUUCCAUCUCUGUGUGUUGCUUUCCUCUAAAGUACUCCAUGAGUCCGCAAACAAGCUGCAACGUGCUGCCAAGUUCGGACGUAGGUAGGCUACUUUAAACUCAUCAAGCGAGUUUACUAUUGGUAUGUCUGACUGUAUUGUCAUGACUAAGAGCUUAGUCAUGACAAAAAGUACUUUCCGAUUUACGUUCUUUUUAGAUUCUUUCUAGAUAUCUAGAUCUUCUAGGUUCUUUUUAGAUAAAUGAAUUAGAAAACCAGUCUAAAAAAUGUCACAAUCUUGUAUAUUUUCUUUCAAACUUUCGGCCAUCUAGUACAAAUUUUUUAGUGUCUAUUCAGUUUCUUUAAAAUCGAUUUCUUUAUUUUCACUGUUUUGGUCCAUGGAAGGUAUUAAUUAUUAAUGGAAGGUAUUAAGUAAUCGUUUAUCGCCAUUUUUGGCGUUAUUAUAAUAUGUGCUGUUCUACUUCUGCAAGAUUCAAAUCACCGAAUCCGCCGCUUUCAGCAUUUCUUGCUGCUUAAAUGGUAUCUUGUAUCAUCUUCAUAUACCCUUUGUAUUAUCACGUGACCUUCCUAAAUACUUACUCUUAAAUACCUCUCAAAUUCGUCCAAGUACAAAAAUGGCUUUUAUCGUUAGGUAUCGAAUUGGUAGACAUCUAAUGACAUGCAAUGAAAGUUUUUUAUUUAAGUUCAAACAUGCUUCUAGAUUUUGCCUUAUAUUUAAAAAAAUUUACUAUUAUUUGAAAGUGUAAUAUAUAUACUAACUUCUGCAUAUAAAAUUCGUAUUUACAUUCAUAGAAUAGACAUUAGUCUUAAAUGUAAAUAUAAUAAUUGUUUAAGUAAUUACUAUUUUCUAUAAAAUUUCGGAGUACCUAAAAGACUACAUUGAACCAAUUCAGUUCUUUGGUGCGAUUGUUUUUCUCGGAAUUUUGAAGUAUGUCACGAUAUUAAGAUUGCGCUGUAUAUAUUGUAAAUUAAGAAAAUAUAGUACAAUACUUUUUAAAAGUGCCAAGUGUAAAGAAACUUAUAGAGAAAAAAAUUUAUAUGCUUAUAUUAGUAAAUAAAAUAGUUUUAUUAUUUAUGGUAUAGAAAAUUUUAUUUUAAUAAACUAGAAAAUAUUUUUUGAUCGUUUUCGUUUCUUUACCGCUUAACAUUUUUAAAACUUUAAUCGACACAAUGUGUUGGUACUAAGAUUAAAUAUACAAUAGAUCUUGAUUUGUAUAACAGUUUAAUAAACAUUUUU